UUUCGUUCAAAUUACACCGGAAUAUUGCAGCAUUGCACCAAAAAAUAUAUAUAGAAAAAAUAAAUUUGCUACUUGCAACGGACACUGCAAAGGCGAGGAAGUCUUCAAAAAACCUUUUGCGGUUUUUUCUCUGUGAGAUUGUUGAAAGUGAGGUCUUGGAUUAAGUGUUAGUCAAAAAAAAACUUCAAAAUGACCUUGGCACUUCGUCUGACACGCUUGCCGGUCAUCGUUUACCAAGAGACAGUGUUCCAACACAGCUGUUUAGGUAACCCUCUAAGAAGACAAUACGUAACUUCUAGUGAUCCUAGCACAAAAAAGCCACCUGCCGCAUCAACAUCUCCUAUACCGCCUAAGAGUGCAGAAUUUACACCACCGCCAAAAGAGAUUGCAGAUAAACAAAAACCUUUUGUGAGUUCGAAAAGUGGUGAAACAACUGCCAAAACUUUAUCGGAAAGUGUCAACAAGUUGCAACAACUGGCUGAGAAAAAACAAGAAGCCGUCUCAAAGGUAAAGCUAUCGACACAACAAGUACGCAAAAAUGUUCGUGGAUAUAUGUUUACUCGAUUCUUUGACUAUGUCAAAAAUUACGAUACAGUUUUGGAGAAGAAUUUCCCUUCGGCAGUAAAGGUAUAUCGGGUAUUUUUUGACGGCGUCAAAGAGUUCUUUUCGGAUAUGAAACGAUUUUUGAAGGUUUCUCGCAUAGUAAACUCCUCAGCCAAAGGUCUCAAGUCUCUAAAUAGACAGGAAUUGGAAUUAUAUAUGCAAAUGCCUAGAGAUAUGGUGAAAGUAGCUCCAGCUUUAAUUUUCUCUUCACUGCCUUUUGUGGGUUAUGCCAUAUUUCCCCUGGUCGUUAUGUAUCCUCGUUCAUUUUUGACAUCACACUUUUGGACGCUACAACAAAAGUCUGAAUUUAAGCAAUUCUAUUUUCACGAACGAUUGACAUACAAUAAAGCGGUUCUUCGUUGUUUACAAGCCAAACUAAAGUCAACCAAAAAACAUCCGAAACAUGAAGAAUUUCGUAAUGUUUUGGGCCAAUUGGGCAGUGGUACACAUCCCUCUGUAGAGCAGAUAUUAGAUAUUAAGGAUAUUUUUGCUGAUGCACCAUAUAGUUUAAUUUCUUUACCCGGCAAACAUAUCAAAUUGCUUAAUAAAUUACAUGGCAUACCCAGAGGCUGGUUUAAACGACACAGCCUUUAUGAACAUGCUUUUCUAGUCCACUAUAUGGAUCAGGCUAUAGGUCGUGAGGGUGGUGUUCACAAUAUGCCCUUGGAAUCUUUACGCAAUGCUUGUUAUAUACGUGGUUUAAAUCCCGUUAAUUUGAGCACCGAUGAAAUGGUUGAGUGGUUGCGUGAUUGGAUUCAAAUUUCCAAUACCAUUACAGUCGAGCAUGUUACAUUGUUUUUGCAUUUGCCUUUGUUUUUGGGCUACAAUCAUCCAAAUAACUGGAAAUUGAUUUAUGGCAAAGACAAUAUACAGAAACAUCAACAGCAACAAACAUCUUCGGCAGAUUAAGUUAUACACAUUAUGGAAUGGCAAGGAAGGUUUUUUAAAAUGACAAAUGUAUGUACAUUUAACAUUAUUACUGGUAAUUUAGAAAUGCUGAGCACUUUGUUAAUUGAUGUAUGGAAAAUGUACAGAUACAGACAGAGCUGAUAUGUAUACGUAUUCGAUUUAUGAUUAAAUAAAUGAAACAUUUUUUGUUAUGUUUAGUUCCUUUUAUAAAAAAAAUUAGAAGAAAUAAAAUGAAAGUUUUUGAAUUAAUUAAAA